AUGCGAGCAUUCGGUUUUUGGAGUCUACGGCGGGCUUUUACCUUUCGCCCGUCAUGGAGCCGAUAUUCUUGCAUAGCAACUCCAAGUCAUGGAGUUGCUUUUGAUCUAGCACGACUAGUCCAGCGGAGAUCACCCAGCUCUUGCCGGCACUUCUCUGCAUCUUCGAGCUUUCAAUUCUCCUUGGAGGCCGAUUCAACGAUAUAUGCGCUCUCUACCGCUCCCGGUAGAGCAGCCAUAGCGGUUGUACGAGUCUCGGGUUCCGCAUGUGUGCAGAUUUACCGGGCCCUCUGUCCCAGUGCACCUCUUCCUCGCGCCCGCCUUGCCGCAGUACGCACCCUCUACGAUCCUACACAAGAGCCUUCCGCCAGCACAGUCCUCGACGCGGGGGCUCUUGUACUGUAUUUCCCUGGACCCAAAACUGUUACAGGCGAGGACGUCCUGGAACUGCAUCUUCACGGUGGACCGGCUAUCGUAAAGUCGGUGCUGGCAGCUAUUGCCCGCACCAAUCGGCCGGAGAGUCUGGUCCGCUAUGCGGAACCGGGCGAAUUCACUCGCCGAGCGUUCAUGAAUAACCGGCUUGAUCUGCCGCAAAUUGAGGCACUGGGCGAUACGCUCACCGCUGAUACGGAACAGCAGCGGCGCCUUGCUGUUCGGGGUGCGAGUGAUGCUCUUUCGAAACGCUACGAAUUGUGGCGCCAGCAGUUACUAUAUGCGCGCGGGGAGCUGGAGGCGUUGAUUGAUUUCUCCGAGGACCAGUAUUUCGACGAGUCUCCUGAGGAGUUUGUCCGCUCCGUCGCAGGACAGGUCCGCGCGCUGCAGACUCAGCUGAAGCUGCAUAUCGAAAAUGCGUCGAAGGGAGAACUCCUGCGCAAUGGGAUCAAGAUCGCCCUGCUUGGUGCCCCUAACGCAGGGAAGAGUUCACUCUUGAAUCGGAUUGUGGGCAAGGAAGCCGCUAUUGUCAGUACCGAGGAGGGAACUACUAGGGACAUUGUGGAUGUUGGGGUUGAUCUCGGCGGCUGGUACUGCAAGCUUGGCGACAUGGCUGGGAUCCGGUCUGAGACGAGCGCUUCCACCGGUCAGGCAACUUUGGUCAUUGGAGCAGUUGAGAAGGAGGGUAUCCGGCGCGCCAGAGCUAGGGCUUUAGAAUCGGACGUGGUUGUGUUGGUCGUCUCCCUGGAGGAAGGGACUAAUGGCUCGCCUUACCGACUAUCAGUGGACGAGGAGGUAAUUGAUGCGGUUAAUGAUUGUGUACAAGCUGGGAAGUGCAUUGUUGUGGCCAUCAACAAGUGCGAUCGACUUCCUGCAGCAGAUCGGUUCGGCCAGUCACUGCAUGAAUUGAGGACGAAAAUAAGGACGCUGUUUCCAGCCGUACCGGAGAAACGCAUAUUCGACAUAUCCUGCCACGAGGCCUCGGAAGGGACUCUGUCCGAGCAAUCAGAUCCGGGGAAUAUGCAAGGAUUCCUACGAGGCUUGAUUUCAACUUUUGAAGAAAUUGCAUCCCCGGCGGGAACGGAUGGAGAUGAGAAUGGACAAUACGAUAUUUCGUAUUGGGAAGAUUCAUUGGGAGUGACCCAUCGACAAAGCUCUAAUCUACAGAGAUGCAUGCAACACUUGGACGAUUUCCUGAAGCAGACUACCCAAACCCAAACGCUCCAAACUCCCGGCUAUAUUCAUGAUCGAAAUAUUGAGACUGAAAUUGAUGUCGUGAUGGCAGCCGAGCAUCUGCGAUUCGCCGCGGACACUCUCGCCAAGAUCACUGGCAAAGGCGAGAGCGGCGACGUGGAGGAUGUCUUGGGCGUCGUAUUCGAGAAGUGGGUUUCCGUGUGCGAUUAUGAUGAUAAUGUUGCUUUGCGGCUAACGUUGGGACGUGAUUUAGGUUCUGUGUUGGAAAAUGAAAUUGCUUAUGUAUUCGUGGAUCUGACAAUCUUCUGCAUCUAUAUGGUUGCAUCGCUUCCACCAAAAAUGGCGAAUCCCCGUCCCACAGCCCAUAUCCCAGGCACCGCCUCGUCGUCGCUAUGCACGUCGUUAUAUCCGCCACGCCCUUGCAUAGAUGGCAAGUUGGGCAAGGCGCCAGUGCAGGCGCGGCAGGUCACCAGAUGGGAGGGCUUCGUGGGCUCGGCAGGAUCGUUGUAUCCACCUCUUCCCAUUGAAAUUUGUGAGUUUAAGAGGAGGGAAGAGGAGAAGACCGCUGAGUCUUCCACUUCGUCGGCAGUCGAAUCCAAGACAAUGGUCGCAAGACUGCACUUCAUCGGCACGCACAGGUCGAUGACCCGCAUCUGGAUCGGGAUCGGGAUCGUCAUCGGAAUGACCGACUGCCUGCUGCGCAUCUUCUUUGUUGGUCUUGUUAACUCUGCCUCCGCUUCGCGUUCACGCCUCAAUGAUCUGCUUGCUCGUUUGGCGCUAGAGUCGCCACUUGCGCAGCUUGUAGACCUUCAAUGCGAGAUUUUUGCCGUCGUCAACGCGGUUAUCGGUGUUGCUUCGUCGGUUCCACCUCACUGCGCCUCUUGGGUCAAUCGCUGCGAUCAUACCCUCCCCGAAUUUGAGGUUCUAGCGUUUCCAAAAGGCGGAGUUGUGGUUGAGACAGACUGGGGUCCCCUGCUUGCUACUGCCUCGCCGCAGGGUUCGCGGAGUGCGGUUGAACGAGAUGUAGGGUUUGUGGACGAAGAAGUCAUUUGGAUCUGUCGCGAUUUCGGGAUUUUCCUUCAGCAACUUGCGUCGUUUCCUCGGUUUGAUGGGAAGUUGGUGUGGUGA